AUGAAGAUCCGUAAUGUGUUCAUGGUUGGAUUUGGCGUCUUCCCCUCGAUUGUCGGUCGUCCUUGGCAUGUGUAAAUAAAUCGUUCCCAUGAAGGUGACGAUGCGCAGGAGUCCCGGGGUACGCUGCCCCUGCGGUAUCCCAUUGAGCGGGGCAUUGUCAUUGACUGGGAUGAAAUGGAGAAGAUCUGGGCCUACUCCUUAAACAGCGCCCUGAAGGUCGCACCAGAUGAGCAUCCUGUACUGCCGCUAAACCCGAAGGCAAACUGCGAAAAGUUGACCCAGAUCAUGUUCGAGAAGUUUGACACGCCGUCCAUGUAUCAGCCUUCCAGGCUGUGCUCCCACAAAAUGCAUGAACUUCAAAAAUCUCCUUUGAAAUUCAACUUAAAGUCUGUUGUCUAA